GUCAUUUUUGUUUUUCUUUUUUCAACCCUUUGGAAGUGUUUCGUGUAAGAUUCGAACCUGAGAAGCUCCGAAGUCCUCCCAUGGGCAUGUCAACCGAUCCAAUUCCUCAUUUAGUGCGACUAACUCACUGACCUUUGCAUCUUUUGAUAACACCAUGGAAGCAAUGGAGAUUGAUUCUGCAGGGAAGGAUGAAGCGAAAGAAGAAGGCAAAGGGAAACCUGUAAUGGUAAUACUGAUAGGAGCUCCAGGAAGUGGUAAGUCCACAUUUUGUGACCUUGUAAUGCGAGUCUCAACCAGGCCUUGGGUUCGUAUUUGCCAGGAUACCAUUGGGAAUGGUAAGGCUGGGACAAAGAAGCAAUGUUUGACAGGUGCAGCUAGUGCGCUGAAGGAAGGAAAAAGUGUAUUUAUAGAUAGAUGCAACUUAGAUAGAGAACAGCGGGCCGACUUUGUGAAGCUUGUUGGUCCAGAAGUUGAGAAACACGCUGUGGCACUUGAUCUUCCAGCUAAGCUUUGUAUUUCUCGGUCGGUUAAGAGGACAGGGCAUGAAGGGAACUUGCAAGGUGGGAAAGCUGCUGCAGUUGUGAAUAGGAUGCUGCAAAAGAAAGAGCUGCCUAAGCUGAAUGAAGGAUAUGAUCGAAUUACAGUUUGCCAAGAUGAAAAAGAUGUUCAAGCUGCUAUCAAUACGUACACUGCACUUGGUCCAUCAGAUAAACUUCCACCAGGUUUUUUUGGCCAGAAGAAGUCAGAUGCCAAAGUCCAACUUGGUAUAAUGAAGUUCCUCAAAAAAAAGGAUCCUCCUGGAUGUUCUGAUACUAUGAUGAAUGUCUCUCUGGAGGAUACUCAAUCUCAUGCCACCAAGGAAAAGGACUCCAACCAAGUACUUGAAAGCUGUGAAGAACCGAAAAUGGCAUCUGUUGGCUGUAGCAUUUCUUUAGAAAAUGCCCCCACACUUGCAUUUCCAUCUAUUUCUACAGCAGAUUUCCAUUUCAAUCUUGAAAAAGCAUCGGAUAUAAUAGUUGAAAAGGUUGAGGAAUAUGUAAAUAAGCUUGGGAGUGCUAGGCUUGUCUUGGUGGAUUUAUCUCAGAAUUCAAAAAUACUGUCCCUUGUCAGGGCUAAAGCUGCAGAGAAGAACAUCAACUCCAAAAAGUUCUUUACGUUUGUAGGGAAUAUAACUAAACUUUACUCAGAAGGAGGUUUGCACUGCAACGUGAUUGCUAACGCCACUAACUGGCGACUAAAACCAGGAGGUGGAGGCGUAAAUGCUGCUAUAUUUAGUGCCGCGGGUCCCACCCUUGAAACUGCAACCAAAGCUAAAGCUGAAUCCCUUAGUUCUGGAAAAGCUAUUGUUGUCCCUCUUCCUUCCUUUUCUCCCUUGUUUAGUGGGGAAGGAGUUACUCAUGUCAUACAUGUACUUGGACCAAAUAUGAAUCCCCAAAGACCAAACUGUCUCGACAAUGACUACGUCAAGGGCUGUAAAAUACUCCGAGAAGCUUACUCAUCACUCUUUGAUGGUUUUGCAUCUAUAGUUAGGACUCAAGAAGAGCCAUGUAAGGAUAAGUUUGAAAAAGAAUUUAAAGGAGAAGUUCAACUAGAGCAAGGUUCUAGAAGUGGUGAUCAGAAAGCCAAGCGUGAAGCUGUCUGUGAAACAGACAUGAACAAGAAGUUUAAAAGCUUUGUGAAAGAACUCGGACCCAAUGUUGGAAGUUCUGAUGAUGGAAACACUGGUGGACAGUCAAGAAAGGCAUGGGGCUCAUGGGCUCAGGCUCUUUAUGACACUGCAAUGCAUCCUGAGAGGCAUAAGAAUAUAAUAGAGAUGUCAGAUGAUGUUGUAGUACUGAAUGAUCUUUAUCCAAAGGCUCAGAAACACCUCUUAGUGUUGGCACGUGUUGAAGGUCUUGACCGUCUUGAAGAUGCUAAGAAGGAGCACCUCACUUUAUUAAAGACAAUGCACAGUGUUGGCCUGAAGUGGGCAGAAAAGCUUCUAUCUGAAAACAAUUCAUUGACAUUCCGCCUUGGAUAUCAUUCGGUUCCUUCAAUGCGUCAACUGCAUCUUCAUGUGAUAAGCCAAGACUUUGAUUCCAAUCAUCUUAAGAAUAAGAAGCAUUGGAACUCAUUCAACUCCCCCUUCUUCCGGGAUUCGGUUGAUGUAAUAGAUGAAGUUAGUCAAAAUGGGAAGGCCAUUUUGAAGGACGAGAAUAUCCUUUCUAUGGAGCUAAGGUGUCAUCGAUGUCGAAGUGCACAUCCAAACAUUCCUCGUCUUAAAGCACAUACCAGUUCUUGUCAAGCACCCUUUCCUGCAUUUUUGCUGCAAAAUGGUCGUUUAGUUUUCUCAGAAGGUAAAGAUGCAAAUCACGGAGUUUAGACACUGUGUUGAGCUGUUUGAAGUUGCUGGCAGCAUAUAUAUAUUUACACAAAUUUGGAAAAUAGUUUAGGCUGUUGGGUAGUUUAUGUGAACAAUUUCCAUUAAUUUUCUUAACUUCUUGGUGACUUU